CUUGCUGAGGGGGCAGUGGAGCUGGGCAGGCUGUGUCUGACCCAGGACUGCAGCUUUGUGUCCUCAAGUCUAGCCAGGUGGGAGAAUCCCAACACUGCUGAGCUGAUGUCAGGACCAGGACUCCUCUGCAUGCCAAGGCUUCUAACCCCCUGAUGUUACUAUGUGGGCGAGCUGCUGUAACUGGUUCUGUCUGGACGGCUCAGCCGAGGAGAUGCAGCCGCCGCCGCCGCCCGCCCGAGCCCAGGCCUAUUCCAACCCCGGCUACAGCUCCUUCCCCUCGCCCACGGCUCCCGAGCAGAGCUGCAAAGCCUGCGGGCUGCACUUCGACAGCUCGGCCAGCAAGCACAUCUGCUUGGACUGUAAGAAGAAUUUUUGCACGUCCUGCUCCAACCAGCCCGAGGGGGGGCCCCUGCUCUGCCACCUCUGCCAGCGCUUCCGAGCCACGGCCUUCCAGCGGGAGGAGCUGAUCAAGAUGAAGGUGAAGGACCUGCGAGACUACUUGGCCCUCCACGAGAUCUCCACAGAGUUUUGUCGUGAAAAGGAGGACCUGGUGUUUCUGAUCCUUGGCCAGCAGCCUGUAAUUAGCCAGGAGGAUCAGAUAAGAACAAACACAUUUAAUACCAGAGCCUCUGGACAGCAAGACUUUGUGAGUCACCCCCCAGCCAGCCUGUCCUCUUCUACCUCACUCGAGGAGUCUUCAGUGUCUACAGAGCCCAUCUCAAGUUCAGUAGCUCAGGAGCACCAACAGGCAAAUGGUCACGUGCCUCCGAGCCCAGUUGGUGUGACAGCAGUUGAGGAUGCAGCAGAGGAAGCACCAGCAGAGGAGGAGACACAGUCUACAGACUCUGAAGAUAACCUGGUGCUGGGGAGGAAGGCUUCCCUCUCCGACCUGAGGAGCGUCGGGGACAUCAACGCGCUCUCCGUGCGGCAGCUGAAGGAAAUCCUCGCCCGCAACUUCGUCACCUACAAAGGCUGCUGUGAAAAGUGGGAGCUGAUGGAGAGGGUGACCCGUCUCUACAGAGAGAAGGACCCUCAGCAUCUAGUUUCUGACACGGACGAUCAAACUGGUGGUGCUGGGCAGCCCAGCGCCGAGGACAACCUGUGCAGGAUCUGCAUGGAUGCUCCCAUUGACUGUGUCCUGCUGGAAUGCGGGCACAUGGUGACGUGCACCAAGUGCGGGAAGCGGAUGAGCGAGUGCCCCAUCUGCCGGCAGUACGUCAUCAGGGCCGUGCACGUCUUCAGGACAUAACCGGGGGCAGGGCUGGCCAUGCCCUGAAGCCUCCUCUGCCGGGAGAGGAACGGUCCACAUCCUACAGAUACUUACAAACAGACCCCGCUGGAAGGGAGGGAAGGAGGAAGCCUUGGGGAAAACUGUCCUGCUCCAGCCACGCCCGACUCUGCUCUUCCCACCAUCGUGCUUUACACCACAGUGCCUGCACUCCCUGGAGCUCAGUGCCAGCAACCAUGAACCACCCACAUCCCAGGAUGACUCCAUCCUCUCUGCUGAGGACAGAUGGAUGCUCGGCUUUCCACCACAAAGAUCAGCUCCAGAGGCUUUGUAUUUUCCUCUGAAUAAUAAAAGUGAACUGGGGUCUCAAAAA